AUGGGAUCUGGUGAGGAGCGGCCCUUUGGAGGCGGGUGGCCCCCAUGUCUGAGAUGUCACGUAUCCACCAAAGUGUGUCUGCUCAUCUGUCUCUUUGCCACCAGAGUGAGGACUCUGUCAGGGCUGGGAGUUUUGAAAAAUAAAUGGUCAAUUCUCUACCUCUUGCUAAGCCUUAGUGAAGAUCCACGCAAGCAGCCGAACAAGGUUUCUAGCUACGCUGCGUUACUCGCUCACGCGCUACCAAGAGACGCGCACUCGGCUCCCUACUACUGUGCCAGGCCCCAGACUCUCUCGCUGAGCUACCAGGACCGCAGCUCCCAGUCGGCCUCGGGCGCUGCCAGCGUGGGAAGCAGUGGCGUCAGCAGCCUAAGUGUGUACGCCGUCAAUGGCCUGGCCCCGACACCACAGUCUCUCCUCCCAGGACAGCCUCAUCACGCUCCGGGAGUGGGAGACUGUCUUCGGCAGCAAUUGGGGUCACGUCUUGCAUGGACUUUAACUGCAAACCAGCCUUCUUCACAAACCACUACCUCAAAAGGUCUCCCAAACGCUGUUUCUCGCAACAUGACAAGACCAAGGAGGGAAGGGGAUGCAGGUGGUGCUGGGGAAGUGACCGAAGCAGCCCUUGUCAGAGACAUUUUGUACGUCUUCCAGGGCAUAGACGGCAAGAACAUCAAGAUGAGCAACACGGAGAACUGUUACAAAGUGGAGGCCAAGGCAAACCUAAGUAAAUCUUUGAGGGAUACGACACUCAGACUUGCAGAGUUGGGAUGGUUACAUAAUAAAAUCAGAAAAUACACUGACCAGAGGAGUCUAGACCGUUCAUUUGGACUUGUGGGUCAGAGUUUUUGUGCUGCCUUGCAUCAGGAGCUGAAAGAAUACUACCGGUUGCUCUCUGUUUUACAUUCCCAGCUACAGUUAGAGGAUGAUCAGGGUGUGAAUUUGGGCCUUGAGAGUAGCUUGACACUCCGGCGCCUGCUGGUUUGGACGUACGACCCCAAGAUAAGACUGAAGACUCUUGCAGCCCUGGUGGACCACUGCCAAGGAAGGAAAGGGGGUGAGCUGGCGUCUGCUGUGCACGCGUACACGAAGACGGGAGACCCGUACGUGAGGUCGCUGGUGCAGCACAUUCUCAGCUUGGUGUCCCAUCCUGUGCUGAGCUUCCUUUACCGCUGGAUCUACGACGGGGAGCUCGAGGACACUUACCACGAAGUAAGGAACGCCCUUCCAGCCUCGCACUCGGCUUCAGGAGGUGUGGGUGCCCGUGCUCUCUUGAUCUUGUCUCCGUGACGGCUGUUUUCCCUUCACCGGGAAGGCCAGCACGCCGCCUUGAACGCCGUGCAUGGUUUGUGCAGACCUUUGAAAGCCAGUUCCCUCUGAGCAGCAGAGCUGUGGGUGC